AUGGACGCCCGCCCGCGCGACAUCGGCAUCAAGGCCAUCGAGCUCUACUUCCCGAGCCAGGUGAGCACUCUCUGUUUCUACUGCUGUGUCGACCAAGUCGAGCUCGAGAAGUUCGAUGGCGUCAGUGCCGGCAAGUACACCAUUGGCUUGGGUCAAACCAAGAUGAGCUUUUGCGACGACCGGGAAGAUAUCUACUCCCUCUCAUUGACCACUGUCUCCUCACUCCUCCGCAAAUACAACAUCGACCCUAAAUCGAUUGGUCGGCUCGAGGUCGGCACAGAGACCUUGCUGGAUAAGUCAAAGUCGGUCAAGACCGUCUUGAUGCAGCUUUUUGCUCCUUCUGGUAACACCAACAUCGAAGGUGUUGACACCGUCAAUGCCUGCUACGGCGGCACAAACGCACUGUUCAAUGCAAUCAACUGGGUGGAGUCAUCUGCAUGGGAUGGUAGGAAUGCAAUCGUUGUGGCUGGUGACAUCGCUCUCUACAAGAAGGGAGCUGCCAGACCCACUGGUGGCGCUGGCUGUGUGGCAAUGCUAGUUGGACCUGACGCACCCCUUGCAUUCGAGCCUGGUCUCCGCGGCAGCUACAUCACUCACGCCUACGACUUCUACAAGGCCGAUCUCACCAGCGAAUAUCCUCUCGUGGACGGUCAGUACUCCAUUCGAUGCUACUCCGAGGCCGUCGAUCAAUGCUACAAGGAAUACACCGCCCGCGAGGCGAAGCUUAAGAGCCAGUUGAACGGACACGCCAAUGGCACACACGCCGAGGUUGAAACAGCGCUCGAUCGCUUCGACUACAUGUGCUUCCACUCGCCGACCUGCAAACUCGUCUCCAAGAGCUACGCCCGACUGCUCUACAACGACUACUUGGCAGACCCCGAGAACCCAAUCUUCAAGGACGUGCCAGCAGAGAUUAAGAGCUUGACAUAUGAGCAGUCUAUCACGGAUAAGACGAUCGAGAAGACCUUCGUCGCUCUUUCGAAAAAGCGCUUCGCUCAGCGCGUGCAGCCGUCCGUCGAGGUUCCUACCCAGUGCGGUAACAUGUACUGCGCGUCGGUCUACUCCUCGCUUGUCUCGCUGAUCAGCAAUGUAUCGUCAGCUGACCUGCAAGGCAAGCGCGUAACCAUCUUCUCGUACGGCUCCGGUCUCGCCUCUUCCAUGUUCUCGUUGAAGGUCAAGGGCAGCGUCGAGGAGAUGGCCGGGAAGGUGGACCUCCACACCCGUCUCAACGCCCGUAACAUCGUUGCGCCGGAAGUCUACGACGAGAAGUGCAACUUGCGUGAGCGCGCUCACCUCAAGAAGAACUACAAGCCCGAGGGUGAUGUCGAGACCCUGACCCCGGGCACAUACUACCUGACCAACGUCGACGACAUGUUCCGUCGCGAGUAUGCCGUCAAGCAAUGA